AUGAAGCAAGAACUUGUUGCAUUGGUCACAGGCGCCGCCAGUGGCAUAGGAAAAGCCAUAUCCGUGAAACUUGCAUCUCGGGGGAUCUCAUUGCUUAUAGCCGAUUUCAACAAAGAGCGGGGACAUAUCACAGCAAGUGAGAUUGCAAAAAAAUACAACGUGCGGGUUGAGUUCCUCCAGACGGAUGUUUCGAAGGAACAGGACAUCGAACGUGCAGUCAAUGCAAGUGCAUCCUUGACUGGAAGGCUUGACUACGCUGCGAACUGUGCGGGGAUCUGUGAGACCAUUGCUUCGGAGGAAAGAAGCAUCACAACUGAAUGGUUCGAUAAAGUCUACUCAGUCAACGCUCGCGGUCUCUGGUUAUGUCAGAAGUAUGAAGCACAGCAGAUGGAGAGGCAAGAACCCAGAGAGGUCAUCUUCAGUCCUCCGUCGGAAUAUCCCAUCCCCGCUCAACGUGGGUCAAUUGUGAACGUUGUCUCAAUUUCUGGCCUGACAUCACUGGGCCUUGGAGCUUACACCCCCAGCAAGCAUGCUGCAGCGGGGAUAACCAAAAAUGGUGCAAAGUUCUACGGUCCAAGUGGAGUUAGGGUCAAUGGCUGUUGUCCUGGUUGGACUGUCACAGAAAUGACGGAGCGUCACCUUGGCAAUGUUGCAGUUCCAGGGACCCGAGAGAAUGCGGAAUCUCCUCUUAAUCAGAAGAUUGCUCUUCAUCGUAUGGGACUCGCAGAGGAGCAAGCAAACCUAGUGAGCUUUUUAUUGAGCGACGAGAGUAGCUAUAUGAAUGGGGCGUUGGUUGUUAACGACGGUGGGUUUUAUGAUAUUGACAAUUGA